AUGUCAGAUCAGUGCUCGAAUCAAAAUGUCGUCUCUUUCACCCGUACACCUCAUGGGUAUCUCAAACAAUGCCUCACAAAUAUCGAAACUCAAAACUGUGUUCCUUCUCAGCAAGAAUUCAAUGAAACUUCUCCUGAUCUUGUCUCCAAACGUACCCGGGCAUUUACCCCAGAUGAAGAAAGCCAGGAUAGUGACUCUGAAUAUCCUUCUACCAGACAAACUAAAGAAAAAAACAA